UAUAUUCUUCCAGUCCAUAAACUCUCAUCGUUUUAUCAGCCCCAUUCGGUUAGGAUCGUCUUAGACUCUCAAGUGUCGAAAUCAAUAUUGCUACAGUUUAAAAAAUAAGACUUUUUUCUUAUCAAAGAUGGUUUAAACCCGAGUUGACGCUCAUGAGCUGAGUCUCUGCCGAGAUUGCUUAAAAGAACCCCAAACAAUAUCGAACCGACAAAAAAGCUAACAUGAGAGAGCUUAAGCAUUGGCAGUUUUGUUAUGAUUGAUUAUCCAAAACUAAAUCUUCAUUUUUAGCAUAUGUAACCAUUUGUUUGUAUGUGACAGGAAAAAAACGUUUGUUUGUUUGUUUCUUUCCAAAAAAAAAAAAAUAAGAACAAAAGUUCAACAGCUUCGGUUUCAGGUAAAUCAUGGUAUUUUAUUUAUGAGAGAGCGACUAACGAAAAAUCAGAACACAAAAAGAAGAAGAUGGAUGAUAACAAAAACAUCAUCAAAACCCUAGCUCGGUGGUGUCUUGUUCUACAAGCCAUCAUGAUAUCUUCCAACACCGUGGCUCUCAAGGAACCAGACUACGUAAACAUGAACAUAACAAUCCGCAAUGCAAUGACCGGGCUGCUCCGCCCGGAAAUCGUCUAUCGAUGCCAGUCCAAACGCAAAGAUUAUGGUUGGCAUCGAUCUACAAAACCAGGAACUCAGUUUUCAUUUCCAAUCAUUCUCAUUAAAGGUGAAAGCAAGAUACCGGCUAUUCACAUCUGCCGUUUCCGGUCCGCUUUAGGAACCGCCACACUCGUGAUAGAAAACACUUAUCUCGACGCCGAGAUGUGUCCUAAAUCUUCAUGUGCUCACGAAGCGACACCGAAAGGGAUCUUGUUUAGAGGCCUUGAAUGGGAUUUCAAAACCGUGUUUCCAAAGCUCAAACCAGUUGAGUAUCUUGAAUUGCCGUGGACACCUUGGCCAAACAGAACAUGAAUUUUUCAUCAUAUUUUUUUUUUCUUUCCUUUUGUAUUCAUUCUAAUUAUAGAAGUUCAAAAUUCAUAAUCAUAAGCAGUUUGCCACAUACUAACAGCUUUAGUUUAAAUUAAUUCCCUACAUUUAUGCGUUGGAGAGACAAUUGCUCGGGAAUAAACCUUAGGUUCACCCUAGGAUGAACAUUUAAAUUCACUCAUUUUUUAAGACCAAUCAAAGUAUUAAGUAGAAUAGUAGAUAAUUAAUUAAAAAUAUAAAAUUUAUUUAAAAAUAACUAAAAAAAAAAGCAAUGCUAAUUUUAACAACGCUAACACCCUAAAUCCGAAAUCUUAAAUCUCAGCACUAAACCCUAAACCGUAAAUCUUAAACCCAAAUCCUAGACCCUAAACUCAAACUGUAUACUCUAAACCUAAAUCCUAGACCCUAAACCCAAACCCUAAAACUUUAAAUCCAAACCCUCUACCCUAAACCAAAUCCUAGACCCUAAACCCAAACCGUAUACCCUAAACCCAAAUCUUAGACUUAAAACUCAAACCGUAAACUCUAAACCCAAACCCAAAACCUAGGCGCUAUAAGGUUUGGGUUUAGGGUCUAGGAUUUAGGUUUAGAAUAUAUGGUUUGGGUUUAGGGUUUAUGCUUUGGGUUUGGGUAUACAAUUUGGGUUUAGGGUAUAUAAUUUGGGUUUAGGGUCUAGGAUUUGGGUUUAGGGUCUAGGGUUUGAGAUUUAAGGUUUAGGGUUUAGAAUUUAAGAUUUAGGGUUUACGGUUUAGCUAGCGGCGUCAUCGUCGUUAAAAUUAACGUUAUUCUUUUUUUAAGUUAUUUUUAAAUAAGAUUAAUAUUUUUUUAACUAAUUAUCUACACGGCGUUUUGAUUGGUCCUGGAAAUAGAAGUGAAUUUAAAGGUUCACCCUAGGGGGUGAACCUAAGUUUUGUUCUUUUCUCGGGAAUUUGCCAAAUAUGACUCAAAAUUUGAUUUUAGCCCUAAAAGUAUCAAAAACUUGAAUCAAAUGCAAAAUUAACCCAAAAGGUUAGUGAAAUUACAACCAGCCCCUUAUAACCAAACAAAAAACUAAAAUUAGUUUUUACGAAUAUAACCCUGUAAAGUUUUCUGAGAUUUUGUAAGUCCUCCGAGGUUCUGUAAGUCUUUUGGUAGACUUCCAGGAAGUCUUCUCAUUUAGUAGAUCUUAAAAAUAAUUUAUCAAUUUUGCAAAAAAAUAUUUUGAUAGAAAAAAAGUUGAACUCAUGUAAUUAUAAACAGUCGUAAGUGAUAUAAAUUAAAAUAUAAAAAAUUGAAUUGUUUUCAACAUAGAUUAGUGAAAGUAGUGGGUCAUGAUAUUUUUUGGAUUAGAGUUUGACAACAUAUAUUGUAGUAUUGUAUGUAUUUUUAAGAUUAGAUUUUGGAAGCUUAACUUUUUUUUUUGAAAAAUUAAAUUUUGACAUAUAUAUGUGCAGUUUUGUGUAUAUAAAACACUUUUUAAGUUUAAUGAAGUUUUUGUUUCUAUCUAAUUAGUUAUUUGAGUUUAAGAUUUAUAUUUGGGGUCUAGACGACUUCCAGAAAGUCUUUUAGUGAUUAGUAUUUUAUCAGUUAGAAAAUUUCCCUGAAAGUCUUCUAACUCCCGUUAAAAAUAUUUUAGUUCCCUGCUAAAAAUAUUUUAGUUUCUAGAAGAAUUUCAAGUAAGUCUUUUAGGAAGUCUUCUAUUCGAAGACUUAUUUGAAGUCUUCUAAAUCGAAAAAAAUUAACCUUAUUGGAAUUUUUGUCUUCCUUUAUAAAGAAAAUUUUCACAUUCUCUAUCUUCCUCUCAAAUAUCUGCAACAAAAAUGUAAUGUUUCUCAUUCUAAAACUCUCCAACCUCUCUUUAAUCCUUUUGAAUUUAAAGACACCAAACUUUAUAUCAGUUUCAUGUCUUCUCACUGAUUUAUUUUGUUUUGCAGAUUUUUUAUUACAUGGUUCUCAUCUUCCACUCCUUUAAAGGUAGAUCUAUAAAUCACAUUUUCUUAUUUGGUAACCUAUUGUUGCUUAAAGCUAUAAUGUUUUGAAAACUCUUUUGGUUGUUUUAAGUUCGUACCUUAUUUUUGAAGUUUUUCUAUGUUUUGAAGCCAUUUGUAUACUUUUGGAUACGUAGGUUUUUCAGAUCUGACACAGACGUGGAAGACUUCAGGCAGACUUCCCUGAAGUCUUCUUGGAAGUGUUCUAACAUUUAAUGCACUAGAAUACUUCCUGCCUGGAAGACUACUGGUGGAAUCUUCUCCCAUGUCUCCUCUUUUAUUUCAUAUCUGAGUGUUUUGGUAAGUUUAUAUGUCUGAUUUUUUUUUUAAACUCUUAUCUUUUUCACAAUUUAUCAUUUUUUGCAAACACCAAAUUUUAUAACAAUUUAUCAUUUUUUGUCUCAUGUCAUUCUCACUAAUUCAUCUUGUUUUGUAGGUUUUUCAUUAUAUGGUUCUCAUCUUCCACUCCUUUAAAGGUAGAUCUAUAAACCAUAUUUUCUUAUUUGGUAACCUCUUGUUGCUUAAAGCUGUUACUUUUUGAAAAUUCUUUUGGUUGUUUUAAGCUCUUACCUUAUUUUUGAUUUUGUAGGUUUUUCAUUACAUGGUUCUCAUCUUCCACUCCUUUAGAGGUAGAUCUAUAAACCAUAUUUUCUUAUUUGGUAACCUCUUCUUGCUUAAAGCUCUUACUUUUUGAAAAUUAUUUUGGUUGUUUGAAGCUCUUACCUUAUUUUUGAAGUUUUUCUAUGUUUUGAAGCCAUUUGAAUGCUUUUGGAUAUGCAUGUUUUCCAGAUCUGAGACAGACUUGAAAGACUUCCAGGGAAGUCUUCUAACAUUUAAUGCACUAGACGACUUCCUUGAAGUCUCCUGACAAAGUGUUUUUCAAUGUCAAGUGGAGUCUAAGCUUGUCUUUGUGGAGGAAUAAGCUAUAAUAGUUUUUUUAUGGUCUGUUUUGUAAUUUGUCUGUGUACACUUUUAGUUGUGAAUUCUUUUGUAAAUUUGAAAAAAUAUUCAUAAAAAAAUUUGGUAAAUAUUUUCAUGCCUACAAUAUUAUUUUGCUAAAAGUAUUUGACAUUAUUGAACUUAUUGAUACAACUUCAGCAUCAAAACACAAUAAUACAAAAAAAUAGUCAAACUUACUACAACUAAUGGAGAAAACUUCUCAAGAAAACUUAGUCAAAUUCCCAAAAGAUUAAACAUUACAUUAGUUCAAACCUAUAACAGUUUCACUAGAAGUCUUCUGGGAAGUCUUCCGAAAGACUUCUUCUCAGAAGACUUUUCGGAAGACUUAAAUUUUAAGCGGAAAAUUUAAAUAUAAGGGGAAAGUUUAAGCGGGAAAUUAAAAUUUAAGCGGGAAACUCAAAUUUUAUGUGAAAACUAAAAUUUUAAAUUUCAUGAAAGGUAAAAAGUAUAUCUUAUGAUCUGAGAAGACGCCUUAAACUAUAUGACUUAAUAUUCUUGAAGUUACUUAACACUUUUGAAAGUUAAAAAAUAUAUAUCUUAAAGUUGAAAAUACAAGUUUUACAAAAACUAACGUAGAAGACUUCUGCUCAUUAGCCAGAAAAAUUAAUAAGCAUGAAUGUUGUUAACCUCAUAAUUAUCAUCAAUUAAGUUAUGAAUUUCAUUUAGGAGCCUCAAUAUUGAUUAGUAUACAUGAAUUAACAUGAAAAUGUUUAUAGUUUUAGAGAAAAUAAAUAUUUUAUUAAACGUUGACGACUUCCACGGAAGUCGUCCGGAAAACUUACACUAAGUCGUCUGGAAGACUUACACUGAAGUCGUCCGGAAGACUUACACUGAAGUCGUCCGGAAGACUUCCACCUAAGUCUUCUGGUCAAUGCAUAAGUUAGUUUUGCAAUUGACUUUAUGUGUCAGAAAUUUCACUUUUCCUAGACGACUUCCAUGUAAAUCGUUUCAGGUUACUUUUCAAAAUUGAAAAAUAAAACUUAAAUAUUUUAUUUUAUCCGGAUGACUUACAUGUAAGUCUUCCGGCAGACGAAUUAUACAGAAGUCUUUUGUAGUAACCAACGUUUGAGCAGAAUCUCGGAAUAAAUCCUGGAAGACUUCCUUGUAAGUUGUCUACCAGAAGACUUACAUGGAUGUCGUCCGGAUAAAAUUAAAAUUAAAUAUUUAACUUUUAUUUUUCAAUUUCAAAAUUAUAACCUGUAACGACUUAUUUGGAAGUCAUCUAGUAAAAAUUAAAUAUUUAAUUUUUAUUUUUCUGUUGGACGACUUCUGUGUAAGUCGUCUAAGAAAAGUCAAAUUUUUGACACAAUCCGAUUAAAUGCAAAACUAACAUGUUUAUCCUAGACAACUUACUGGGAAGUCUUCUCUAAUUUUCGUGAAAACAAAGAAAACUGGAAGACUUCUUGAGAAGUCAUCUUCAAAAGACAAAUAAAGUCAAUUGCGAAACUAACAUAUCCAUUGACCAAAAGACUUAUGUGUUAGUCUUCUCGUCGGAAAAGACUUACACGGAAGUCUUCUGACGGACAAAUGUGGAAAAACAUUGGUUUCAUAGCUUUAACGAGUGAGAUAACUUGUUUAGCUUCUCCAACCACAAAAUACUUCACCACCAAAGCAACCUACUUGCUAAUGACCACGAAUCAUGAGCUUGAAUGAUUCUAUGAACCUUAAAAAUUUAGAAUCAAAAUCUAAGGUUUUUUUGGAUGAAUAUAGAGAGAAAGUGAAAGAUAUGUUGUGUUUAGUUCAUAAGAAAUGAGAUAGAAGGAGUCAAAAUCGUUUUUUGGUGCAUUAAGAGCUUCAAAUUGAUUUUUCAUGGUGGUUGGUGUAUUGAUGACAAUGAAAAUAUUGUAAAUACUUGAAGAAGAUGAUGAUGAGAGAGUAAAAAUCUUAUUUUC